CCCUUUCCUGUUCAUUCAGAACAGAUGAUGCUCCUGAUCACAUGUGCACAGCUCUUCUCCCUCCUCCCUUCCCCGGCCCUUUAAGUAGCUUUAUUACUCGGAGAAUUCAUUUGUACUACACACAGCCAGAGAGAGAGAGCAGGCAAAGGGAGGGAGAUUUAACAGGCAAAAGUAGCACCAUGGUCUGGGGAACCAUGGCAUCUCUGUCAGAGCCAGCAAAGGCCUGGGAUGGCUAGGGGCAGAGGAUGUGUGCACUUAAAUCCACAGCACAACAUAAAUGUUCUGUAAUACCAGGCAGGAGGCGGUAGGGUGGGAAGAGCUUGGGAUAAGAAGACCCCAAUGCUUUGGUGAUGGCAUGGACCGGACGCCCUUCCAGCGACUGUUUUUACCUUCCUCCCAGUUCUGUCUCCACCGGGUCCCCCAAAAGCAUGAGGGAGCAAGACUGAUGCAGAGCCAUUGUUAGCAAAGGGGGACACCUGGUGGCAGUAACAUCUCCCUUUCAUGUGCUUCCUUCUCCCGUAUAGGAAAAACUCUGCUGAGGGAGCCAACUUGCCAUCACUGGGACCAGAACCCAGGUCUUCUAGACUCUCAAUCUCUUGCUCCAACUACAAAGGCAGGUUGUUAUCUUGGCUCAGCCCAACUAUGGCUGGAGAUUCUCGGAUCUUCAUGAACCAGGACAUGGAAAUUGGAGUCACACCCAUGGAUCCCAAGAAGUUUCCCAGACAGCCGCGGGACUAUGUCCCUAUCGCCACUGACCGAACCCGUCUCCUGGCAGCAGAAAUCAAGAAGCCGCGCCAGCGUUACAUGGAGAAGAGUGGCAAAUGCAACGUGCACCAUGGAAAUGUCCAUGAAACCUACCGGUACCUUAGCGACCUCUUCACUACUCUGGUGGACCUCAAGUGGCGCUUUAACCUCCUUGUCUUUACCAUGGUUUAUACUGUCACGUGGUUGUUUUUUGGGUUCAUUUGGUGGCUUAUUGCCUACAUCCGGGGAGAUCUGGACCAUCUCGAAGAUGAGAACUGGAUCCCCUGUGUUGAAAAUCUCAGUGGAUUUGUCUCCGCGUUUCUGUUUUCCAUUGAGACCGAGACCACAAUUGGGUACGGCUACAGGGUUAUCACUGAAAAGUGCCCCGAGGGCAUCAUACUGCUCCUGAUUCAGGCUAUUCUAGGCUCCAUUGUCAAUGCGUUCAUGGUAGGGUGCAUGUUUGUCAAAAUCAGCCAACCAAAGAAAAGGGCCGAGACCCUCAUGUUUUCCAACAAUGCAGUGAUUUCUAUCAGGGAUGAGAAGCUCUGUCUAAUGUUCCGGGUCGGGGACCUGCGGAAUUCCCACAUUGUUGAGGCUUCCAUUAGAGCCAAGUUGAUCAAGUCCAAACAGACCAAAGAAGGGGAGUUUAUUCCCUUGAACCAAACGGACAUCAACGUGGGCUUUGAUACGGGGGACGACAGGCUAUUCCUGGUUUCACCACUCAUCAUCUCACAUGAAAUCAACGAGAAGAGCCCCUUCUGGGAGAUGUCCCGUGCCCAGCUGGAGAAGGAGGAGUUUGAAAUCGUGGUCAUCUUGGAAGGAAUGGUCGAAGCAACAGGGAUGACUUGCCAGGCCCGGAGCUCCUACAUGGACACGGAGGUGCUAUGGGGACACCGCUUCACUCCCGUCCUCACCCUUGAGAAAGACUUUUACGAAGUCGACUACAACAGCUUCCACUGCACCUACGAAACCAACACCCCCACGUGCUGUGCCAAGGAGCUGGCCCAGUCUUUCCAAGAGGGCCGGCUCCUCCGCCACCUCUCCAGCGCCACCCUCCUGAGCGGGGGUGGGGAAGCAGAGACAGCAAAAGAGGAACAGGAGGUGGAAGAGGAAGGAAGGGAGGUGGCUGGGCUGAAUGGAGCCAAUGGAACAGCAGGAGAGGUGAAGGCAGAUAUGUCUGUAUAACACGUGGAUCUGUACUGGACAAUAGACAAUACAUAUGCUCCUACUGGAGAAACAGUGGGAUCCAAUGGUUAGGGUACUAGCCUGGCAGUCAAGAGACAUGGGUUUUAUUCCCAGGUCUGCUACCCACCUUUGGGUGGCCUUGGACAAGUCACUCCGUAGCCCUGUGCCUCAGUUUCUCCCAUCUGUAAAACCAGGGUAAUGGUACUUUAUCCACAUUUGCAAAGCAUUUUGAGGUCUAUGGACAAGACAUGCUAGAUAAGAGGUGUUAUUACUGUUGAAGUUCCCCCACAGAUUGCUCUGGAAGAGACUCCUUGGUUGGUCAAAAUUAUUUCCCUUUCAGGGGAUAUUUAAAAAGAGAAAACAUAAAACAACCCAACAAUCUCCCAUCUCAGUAAGAAGAAUGUAGUUUCGUUCCUUCACUUAAUUUACAAGUCAAUGCAUUGUAGACAUUAUUACUGCUAAAUUAAAAGAGAGGAAAGAAAAAUCC